UCAGACAACACACUGAGCAGGAGCAGCCGGCGUCGAUGUCCAGCAUGAGCAGAUGCACUUAAAGAGGAAGAAAACCAUUUGCCACUUCAACCGGAUUCCUUCAGAAGAUGAAAGGAAUGAGUAAGAGAAUACGUAUGUUGAGAGAGGUCCUCCAUGGAGCGUGAUGGGACUGUAAAAAGCUGCUGCCAAGGAAUCUUUCUGCAACCCUGGGUAUCCUGUAAAGGCCUCUUGCAACUUUUCUAUAAAACUGGCAUGGAAGACAGAAACGCUUGAAGAAAGUAGAAGAGAAAAGACAGGGCACAGAAUAUUUUCUUCAAUAGAUCUAAAGACCCAAAAGGGAUAGACAAGAGACUUGUAGGACUUUAAGAGCUCCAUACUGACCACCUCACUGCUUAUUUGACUUAUUUGAAAACAAAGGGGGUUUGAGAGUCAGGAAAGCAAUAAUGGAUGAAGCUAAAGAGGGAGCUCAGGAAGCAAUGGUUAACGAAGCUUUGGUUCAGUUCAAGGCCACCUUGCAAGCUGCUGUGAGGGAAGUACAUGUAGACGUAAGUGCUUUCAAGCAGCGGAUAGAGCAACGGAUCGAUGAGCUAUGCAUCUGCAAUGGACCCCUGGCUGAGGCAGUGACCAGGCUGCAGGAGGAGAACCUUCAGCUCAAAGCAAAGCUUGAGGCCCUCAGCCGCUUGGUGGAGGAUCUCGCUGGAAUAAAGAUCGAAAGGAAUCCUCCUGAUGUAAGGAGGAAGAAUGAGAGGGAAGGUUUAGAGAAUGGCCAUGUACAUAGACAAUCUAAGACCAAGGAGGAACAAAAGGGUCUGGUUAACUCUGUGGGACCAGAAAACAACCAGUCCAACUCUGCACACUCUGAACCAUCAGAGUCAAGCGAAGGGUCAAGCCCUGCUGCUGCAACUGCUGCCCCCAGCAACACCCCUCCUCCAUGGAGAGCCAAGAGACAUGCAGACAUUAAUGGAACUGAUGCAAAAGGAGAGAAAAAUGUCACCCAGUCAGAAGCACAAGAAAAUCACCAACAGCCAGAAAACACAUCAAUAACCACUGAUGUAGCCUCAACAGAAGCCGCACCACAGUCCCACCGACCUCUGACCGCCAUCACCAAACAAAGUGUGGAGUCCAGCACACCUGACUAUGAAGAAUCAGGUCCUCUGACCAAACCACAUCUCCCUCUCACUGCAAUGACAAAACCCAACUAUGAAGCUCCAACGGUCUCUCAGGCUCCUGCCUCUGUGGCUAAAGAAGCUGAUGAACCCCAGCCACAUCUUCCUGUCACUGCCAUGACAUCCAAACUCAGCUCAGAGGGCUUGCUUGCCACCAAACCUGCACAGUCUCCAGCAUCAGCACCUAAAUCUGCAGGGGAUGAUUCAUUCAUCAGAGGCACAUCUGGAGCAAAGGAACUGAGGUCCCAGGCAUCCCAGGAGCAGUCAGAGUCUGUAUCUCAGGCUUUGCCACAUCUUCCCCUCACAGCUGUAACCAAAAGUAGCUCAGAGGCUCCUGCUGCAUCAAAGUCUGAUCCAACUGAAGCUUCAACCCUGAAUCCUUCAGUGCCAGAAUCACCAAUAACAAAACAAAACAUCAGUGAACCAAAGUCCCACUUGCCUCUUUUGGUCAUGACCAGACCCAACACCGAGUCCACUUCACCUGCUCAGUCUCAGAGUCUUCUAGCAUCCCUGGAGCCAACAGUGAAACAUGGAGAAUAUCCCUUUAAACGGGCACCAGUGCUCAAGACACCAAGUCCCAGUUUAAAGAGAAGUGUGAGCUUUCCUCAAUCUGCAGAAAAACUGCUUCCCUCUAAAUCAGUCAUAACAUCUGGAUUUUCACCUAAUUUGGACAAGAGAUCGAAGCCAGGUGGGCUCGAUUUCAAGCAGGAUUUGAUGAAAUCACAAACACUUCUGCGCUCCAACGGGGCUCAAGCCAAACGGGCCCUUUUUGAAAGGAUGAACUCUGAGCCUUUGAAACUUAAGGAUUGCAAACCAAAACUGAAGCGCUCCCAGAGUUUUGGCGUCUCCAGUGCCAGUGGAAUAAAACAGAUCCUCUUGGAAUGGUGUCGCUCAAAAACCAUCGGCUAUCAGAACAUUGACAUUCAGAACUUCUCGUCCAGCUGGAGUGAUGGGAUGGCUUUCUGUGCUCUGGUCCACUCUUUCUUCCCGCUUGAGUUUGAUUACAAUUCACUGAAUCCAGCAAACCGCAAACACAACUUGGAGCUGGCCUUCACCACAGCAGAGCAGCAGGCGGACUGUCUGCGUCUGAUCGAGGUGGAGGACAUGUUGGAGAUGGGGGACAAACCAGACCCUAUGUGUGUGUUUACAUACGUCCAGUCCCUUUACAACCACCUGAAGAAGUUUGAAUAACUCUGCAUCAGAGAAGCCAUAGUGUUCAGUUGUGUGUUAAUCAGUUUUAUACUGUUCGUGUGUGUGUGUUUUCCCCACUUUCGGCAACAUUUUUUUAUGACAUGUUGUGAUGUGUGUGCUUGUUAUAUUAAAAACAUGUUUGAUUCUGCAGAAAUAUCAGAACAAUGUGUCCACCUGUAAUAAAUUGUUCCUGAAGAUGAGACCGUGUCUGGGAACACCAGCCGUCAGCAGGAGCCAGUUUGGAGGUUUAUUAGAAGUAUGGAAAAAGUUUAUAAAAUCAUAUUUUAUUCAGUAUAAAUACAGGAAGACACUCCACAGUUCAGCUGCCAUCACCUGAUGAAAGCUGUGAGAGCGGCUGUGAAAGAUGUUUGUUUGGUUUGCAGACAUGAAGACGAAGUGGAUGACCAGGCCAGUUUUCAGUAAUGACCAACUUCACUGAAAAGCUGUUUAGAAAAACAUACAGAUGAUAAACUGCUUAUGAAAACAUUAUGGAUUUCAUUUUCUUUUUAAAAUGACAGGUUUAGGAGGUGGUUUUCCUUUAAACUUUGUCUGGAGGCUGAAUAAACAGAGUUAAGUGGAAGAAUGUACACUGCCAUCUGCUGGUGGAAUAAAUCCAGAGCAAGGAACCAAGGACCACCUGGCUUCAUUUUACAAGCAGCGAUAUGGAGGUGUUUUUAUAUAUAUAUAUCUAUAUAUAUAUAUAUCUAUAUAUAUAUAUAUAUAUAUAUAUAGAUAUAUAAAAGAACAUUAAUAUAUUAAUUCUGGUAAAAUUACAACUUUACUCUUGAAGCCUGUGAUGAAAGAUAAUUGUCUUAAUGUGGCCCUUAUACUCUGUUGCAGUCCGUCCCCUGGAUUAUUGCUUUGCUUUACUUAAUUCAGAAAACCUGGAGAUAAACAUGGAAAUUUAUUUAGACCAGUAAAUAUGUUCUUAUAAUAAGUUAUCCAAGAGUUCAUGAUGUUGUUAUUAUUUUACUACAAUUGUUGUUGAUUUACUCAUUUAAAUAAAUCCAUCAUUUAUAUAAAUUAUUUAUUUCAUUUUUAUUUUAUUUUAUGUACAUUAAUCACAAACAGUCAGGAAUAGUUGGGUUGAAAUGUACAGAAAAUUGUAAAACUUUAUGGUACAUCAUUAUUAUUAUUAUUAUUAUUAUUUACCUUUAUUCCAGAAAAAUCACGGCAUAAAAAAUCCUAAUAAUUUAUUACAUUAUGAAUGUUUAACAUUUAAGCAGAGUCUUGCAGUGGUAAUUAUUUCAUGUCAAAGAGUUUAUUAAGAGAAAAUCUAACAACGCUGUCACUGAACGAGAACAUUUAGUGGUUUAUUCAUGGUUCAGAUUCUUCUUCUGUAUUUAUUUAUUCAUUUAUUUGUGAUUGAUCACCUUGUUAAAGAACAGUGUCUUGUGCAAUAAAUACUUAAAAACAUUGAACAUUUGUACAUGUGCAUUCAAAGUUUAGUUUAAUAAAAAAAAAAGUUAAAUUACGUUAACUUGUUGAGGUUAUAGUGCAUGUUCUUGUAAUGUUCUUUUUAAAGUGAAUGUAAUUUGCCUCAGUGCAUUCGCAAAAUGAAAAGAAAAAAAGUGAAAGAUAAAAACACAUCUAUA